CAAGCGAUCAGUCGACACGAGAAAUAUUUGGGCUCUUCUCUCAAAAAACUUGAUAUACCAAUGAAAUACUCAAGUCCCUUGAUUGCCCUCGCGGCAUUCUUCCUUUGUGUGUUCGGGGCACAAUCUAGGUUCCAAACAUCCUUGCAGCUUCAAGAGAAGUCUAAUAGUUCGGUGGAUCUCGUUUCAACCAUUGAUAAACUUCUGGCAGACCAGGCGGCUUCUCAAGCGGACCUUUGGAAGAAGGGGGACAACCUUGACCUAGGGGAUGAUGAGUCCUAUCCCACAUCCUGCCUCCAAAAAGAUAUUAAGCACAAUACUACGCUUAUGGUGAAAGUCUCGGGACACGGUCCGUUUCCGGUUCUCUGCGACUGCGAGUUGCUCGGUCUUGGCUGGACGGUGAUUCAGAGAAGGCGGGACGGAUUGGUUAACUUCUACCGGGACUGGAAUGAUUAUAAGACCGGGUUCGGAAGCCUGGGAGGAGAUUUCUUUAUUGGCCUAGAGAAACUGAAUUGGCUAACAAAAUCACAUCCCUUUGAACUAUACAUCCAUAUGGAAAACUUCCAGGGUGUGAAGAAGUUUGCCAAAUACGACGAGUUCUUAAUAGGCGAUGAAUCGGAAGGUUUUUCCCUUAAGUUCCUGGGCAGUUUCACAGGCACCGCUGGCGACUCGCUGACCUACCACAAAGGACAAAAGUUCUCGACUUUUGACCGCGACAAUGAUAACGUUAAAAGUCAGAAUUGUGCCCAGUACCACAUUGGCGCUUGGUGGUACGAUGCGUGCCUAAACAGUAAUCUGAAUGGCCAAUAUUUAAACUAUGAGAGUCCGAUUACCACAAUUUCUACCGACGUUAACCGAUAUAUUAAAUGGAAUUCAUUUGAGUCCAGCAAGCCCCUAAAGUUCGUUCAGAUGAUGAUUCGCCCGAAAUUUGGGUGCUUUUAAAUAUUUUUCCUGUAAUGAUUCCAAAUUUUUAUCUUCAAAUUGUUUUCUUGUUUACUUAUGAACUGUUUUUUAAAUAAAAUACAACUUUAUGUAAUCUGUUUAUAUAAUGUAAUCCUAAUAUCAGCAGAAACACCCAGUUGCUUUUGAGUUACCACAAA